UUACUUAAAAUGGUAUGUCCUCUCUUUUAAUAUCAUCCAAAACCACAUGGUCCUGUUUGAAGUUUGGCAAUGUUGCAUGAGUCCAGCAAGUUGAUAUUGUUGGAAGUUACUCCCGCACAUGGUGUGGGUGCAUUUGAACUUCUCCUACCUCAAAAUAAAAGCAAAGAAAAUAAGAAGCCCCUUAUGAAACUUGGUGAGAAUUUAUGAGAGCCAGCAAAUUCCAAAUAGUCGAUAUUCUACCUCAACUAAAAUCUCGUCACUGCAAUAAAUUUCGACCGUCUAAAGACACAGACUUAAAAGCUCCAUAAAAAAAAAUAAUUCUAAACAUUAUCCUUCGUUCAGUUUAUUUUCAUACAAUUCUUGGAUCUAGAAACACCCUUUAUCUAUCUGUAUCAGGAUCAUGCUCAUUCAUCAAUGGGCUAGCAGAACAUUUCAGCCUUAAGUGGCCAAUUUUAUCUCCAUUUCCCUUCAGUAUUAAAGCCGAAAACCUCUCAAGUUACAUUACACUACUCAAAUCUGUCGAACCUUGUAGAAGAAAGAGACAGCUCUACAGUAACAUAUAUUUAUAUGGAUCAACUUAAACCAAGUUGUGUCAAUUCAUCUCCCCUUACUCCAUUAACAUUCUUGGAAAGAGCUGCUGUAGCUUAUGGGGAAAGUAUUUCCAUUGUCUAUAACUCCACUAGUUACACUUGGUCCGAAACAUUUGCCCGAUGCCUACGCCUCGCUUCCUCAAUUUCUUCCCUCAUUGGCAUCAAAAAAGGCCAAGUCGUUUCUGUUUUGGCUCCUAAUAUCCCUGCCACAUUGGAGCUCCAAUUUGCUAUCCCGAUGGCUGGUGCUGUCCUCAACAACAUCAACACUCGCCUCGAUGCUAAAACCAUCUCUGUUCUGCUCCAACAUAGUGAAUCCAAGCUCCUCUUUGUUGAUUGCCAGCUAUAUUCUUUGGUACUUCAAUCAAUUUCAUUGUUUCCAUCUAACAUGAACCCUCCAGUUCUUGUCCUUAUUGAAGAUGAAAGCUCGGUUUCAUUUUCAAGAAACUUAGAUUUUGAUGAAUGCACUACUUAUGAGGCAAUGCUGGUGAAGGGGGAUUCAAAUUUCCAUUGGAUUCGACCUGAAAAUGACUGGGACCCCAUGACAUUGAACUACACUUCAGGGACAACAUCUUCACCUAAAGGAGUGGUACAUUCUCAUAGAUCUCUUUUUAUUAUAACGGUCGAUUCUUUAAUCGAUUGGUAUGUACCAAGUCAGCCAGUGUAUCUAUGGACACUGCCAAUGUUCCAUUCCAAUGGAUGGAGUUACACAUGGGGUAUGGCUGUAGUUGGUGGGACCAGCGUUUGUCUUCGAAAAUUCGAUGCUAAUGUUGUGUUUCAUGCCAUAGCCAAAUAUAAUGUCACACAUAUGUGUGGUGCACCCGUGGUACUCACUAUGCUAGCCAAUUCUCCCUGUGCUAAGUCCUUAAAAAAUCCGGUCCACUUCCGUACUGGUGGCGCUCCCCCCCCUGCCCCCGUUGUUCUUCGAGUAGAAUCAUUGGGAUUCAUCGUGAAUCACGGGUAUGGGAUGACAGAGGUGGCAGGGGUGGUGGUGUCGUGUAUUUGGAAGCCUAAGUGGAACAAAUUAACUGCGAAUGUGAAGGCGAAACUGAAGUCAAGACAAGGGAUUAAGAGCUUAGGAAUGACUGAAGUCGACGUGGUGGAUCCAGAAUCUGGAGUCAGUGUGAAGAGGGACGGACUAACAAUGGGGGAGAUAGUAUUAAGGGGUGGAUGCAUAAUGUUAGGUUAUUUGAAAAAUCAAGAAGCUACAUCAAAGUGCAUGAAAAAUGACUGGCUUUACACCGGGGAUGUAGCAGUGAUACACCCAGAUGGGUACUUGGAAAUUAAAGACAGAUCAAAAGACAUUAUUAUUAGUGGAGGUGAAAAUGUGAGCAGUGUUGAAGUAGAAUCAGUGCUUUAUUCAAACACAUUUAUUAAUGAGGCAGCAGUUGUGGCAAGGCCAGAUGAAUUUUGGGGUGAAACGCCUUGUGCUUUUGUUAGUUUGAAAGUGGAAUUGAAACAAAAGCCAAAGGAGAAAGAAAUUAUUGAUUUCUGUAGAGAAAGAUUGCCACAUUAUAUGAUACCAAAGACUGUAAUUUUCAUGGAUGAACUUCCAAAAACAGCAACUGGAAAAAUUCAGAAGUUUUCUCUCAGAGAGAUUGCCAAUGGUAUGGGGUCGUUACCUGCUAGUCGAAUUCAAUACACGAAGAAUCAAGCUUUGGUCACAUUGGGGGCACGGGAACAUACAUGGAGGAACCGAUUUGAGCACAACAUAGAGCAAUCCCGUGUGUGGAAGGUUGCUUGGGGGCUUGCCUUUGACGCAUACCUGAGAAUACAAGUGAUGAAGAGGGACGUGCUUUGGAGCUUGAAGAGGCGCCCUUGGAGUGUUAAAACUCAUUAAGGGUGUUUUAGUCAUUUGGAGCAUGGAAGAGGUGCCCUUGGAGUGUAAUUCUCAUUAAGGGUGUUUUAGUAAUUUUACCCUUUUAUGUAAUAGACUAUAAAUAACACUUGUUAGGUUUAUUUCCUCGUAGUUUUUGAUGAUAUUUUGAUAAGAAACAUUCUUGAACUCCAUUGGGAGGAAUUUUAGUAGGGCUUGGAAAAGCCAAUAUUAAUCUUUGCUUAGAAACGAUAGUUGUAAGGUGGAGUUGAUCCCCUUUACCAUCACCGUAAGAAGUUGGUGUUUGUUUA